AUGGAGGUGGAUGCAGACUGUGAGGAACCGGCGAUUGGUAACAAAGCGGUGGAAAAUGCGACAUCAUCGCAUCCUCGGCGCCGCCGAUUGCUCUUGUCGACCGAUAGUGCUUUCGCUAGCACCGUCCUCCCGUCCCUCGUUCAGAACCCAUACAUCGAGCUGCGACUGAUCACAGAUGAACCUUCGGCUUUACUCACGGGUACCAACAAGAUCCCUCACUACAUGGAUACGGUCGACAGCCAAACAUUCGAUAAGAAGACCUGCGCGCGGAACUGGCUUAAGGCGAAAACAGCGGAGCUAUGUGAAUGGGCGGACAUGCUGUUGGUUGCGCCCAUCGAUGCCGGAGUCCUGGGGGCGAUGUUGGCUGGCUUGACAAAUACCUUGACGUUGGCGCUCCUUCGUGGCUGGGUAUCGAAGAAACCUGUGGUUCUAAUUCCAGGAAUGACAGUGUCAGAAUGGGAUCACCCGCUCAGCGCUCGGCAACUCGAUGAAAUCAGUCGUUUUUGGCCUUGGAUUCGCAUUGUGAAGCCUGUGCUCUGGAAGUCAAGCGGGCCCGAAGACCUGACGAUACUACCAUGGGACGGCCUGAACGACUUACACCAGACACUGGAGACAACAUUGAAAUUACCGCCGUGGGAAGCUACCCUGUCGACCAGAGCAGUCACUCAUGGCGCCGCGGUCCCGGCUAAGACUGCAUCAAAAUCUACAUCUGGAAAUGCCACCGGCUCCACGCCAGAAACGAAACAUGCAGGCAAUGCUGAUUUUUUACCACUUGAAAUCUGGCUGAAUGUCUUUGAAGAUCAACUACGAGAUUGGGAAACAGCGAAAGCUGUGGGCAUUCCAACUCAUCUUCCUGUCCCCCAAGAAUGGCAGAAUCAUCUACCAAAAAUGUCUACACCGGCCACACUCGAAUAUACUAUCUUGCGAGGAUCCUUCGCUGCAAUCAAAAAGCGCAUUGAUGCACUGCCUCGUUGGAAACCACUCUCCGACCUCGCUUGCCACAUCAUUGUCAAAUUCUCCCGCACCGACAUCCUUUCUUAUCUCACCGAAAACCACCUAGAUCUCCUCUGGACAACCUCUCGACUCACAAAUAUUCCAUACCGAGCAUCUGCAAUCUACGGCAACCCGAGUGUAUUAACAUGGUGGCGCGAUGCGCCCGCCCUCCCGAACAAAGAAUACAUGGCUGACGCCAUGGACGGCGCCUCCCGAGCCGGCUUUGUCGACGUACUAGAUUGGUGGCUCCACUCCGGGCUCCCGCUACGAUACAGCGAGCGUGCCCUCGAAGCUGCUAGCGCCGAAGGUCGAGUCGCGGUUCUCGACUGGUGGAAAACCGCAUCCGCGAACGCCCCAAAGUCCAACCCCUUACCUCUCAAAGUCGGCAAAUCCGUCCUGCUCGCAGCGCAGUCAGGCCGCACCGCAUCUCUUGCUUGGUGGGAUGCAUCAGGGAUUCCUUACAGCCACGCGGAGAACGUUGCCCGCAUCGCGAGCACGCAUGGCCACGUCCAUGUCCUCGAAUUCUGGUAUAAACUCAAGGGCCCAAAGAUGAUCUUCGAUAACCAGGUGCUAGUGGGCCCGACGAAGAAUGGCCACGACCACGUUCUGCAGUGGUGGAAAAGCUGUGGUCUGCGGGUUGAAUUCAAGACUUGCGACAUUGAAGAAGCGCUUGAGGAUGCAGAUCCCAGCUCUGGAGCUGAGGGUCGUGUUCGGCGUUGGUGGGAGCGGAAUGGGCUUAACCUUGGAGUUGGUACGAGUGAGUGGAUGAGAUCGAAGGUUCUCCCCGGGUUCGGGCGGGCCUUGGAAUUGCUGAGUCAAGGCCCAGCCCGCAGCUGUGGCUCAAAGACUCCACUAGUAAAUCGCAACUAUCCUACAACAACCUCUGACCCAACCAAUUACUUGCCAAUCAAUUCUGCAGAUGCUGGCACACCGGGCCCUGCCACGUGCGCUGCGCGCUUCAAAGCCAAGAGCAAUAUCAACCCGCACGCGACAGCCAUCACAGGCUUAUUACAAUACCCCGUCAACUGGCAUCAAUGGCCUGCACAGCGUCACAAGAAAGAGACGGAGCGUCGCUCAAAAUCACUAUCCGCUAUUCCAAGCUUUGCUGUGCCACCUCUCAUGUUCAUCGGGCUCCUACUCGGUCUAUGGACCUGGAAAUGCCUUUGGAUCAUCAUCAUGCAGAACAAGCUCCUCUACCUAUCAUGGCUGCCUCCUUUUACAAGAUCCGAUGUAAUUUCGGAUUACGAGGCUGAAUGUAGACCGGUGCGGUGGGAGGAGAAGCAGAUUCGCAGUUUGGAUGGGACUAAAUUGGCUGUUUGUGAGGGACACAUUCCGGUUCCUCGCAAGGACCAUGAGUCUGUUUCAAAUCUUAGCGCUUUACAAAAUAAAGAUCAGGCAAACCUGAAGCCAAAACGAAAAAGAUCCGUUGUCAUCUGCUACUUCCAAGGCAAUGGCGGAUCGACCCCUAUGCGAUUACCUAUUCUCUCUCACAUUUUACGCGCAAUUGCUGAAUCUUCAAGAUCGACUUCAUCCCCUAUGUCUGGGUCUGAGGCCCCUCAAUAUACUAUCGCUGCUCUAUCAUACCGUGGCUACUGGACAUCUUCCGGUCGUGCCACACAGUCCGGCAUUGAGAUGGAUGCCCAAGCAUUCUUGAAUUGGGUUUCAGAAACAUAUGCUUCCCCAGAUACCGAUCUUGAGAUUAUAAUUUGGGGGCACAGCCUAGGUGCUGCUGUUGCAAGCUCAGCGGCCUCUACAUAUAUUCCCCGUCAACAUGAAGAGCAAACAUCCUCAAAUUCAAGCAGCAAAAAGCCUCUGGCGCCUAUUACCAGGCUCAUUCUGGAGGCGCCAACGUCCAGCAUUAAAGAUAUGCUCAUCAGCCUCUAUCCUCAGAAAUGGCUUCCAUACAGGUAUCUUUGGCCGUUCUCUUGGAAUACCUGGGAUAUCAAGGCGAAGAUGCAACAAAUGGCUACAUGGAGAGACCAACCUAGGUCUCAAAUCGCCAACUCUGAAGCUACAGCAUCAAUACCUCGCUCGCUUCCGCCGAUCUUCCUUCUAGCUGCGGAGAAAGAUGAAGUCAUUCCAGAAUACGUACCAGGCCAGUUAGAACAACAUGCCAAGUCUCUCGGCUUAGAGAUCGAGAGGAAAGAUGUCCCUGGCGCCAUGCAUAUAGAAGGACCACUCAAACUGGAUGGUAGGAAGGCAAUG